GUCUUCAGAUUCCUGCACUGCCACUGUCAAGGUCAUAAGGCAAUCUCGCCAGUCACCUGAACACUGCUCUCUCAGUGCCAGUGUUGCCAGGACGGUGAGAGGGUGGGGUGUGUUUCUAGUUUUCUCUUUACUACUCUGAGAUGGGAUUCCUAAACGUGAAUGGGCGUGCGGCAGGUGUGGGUGUGGGCAUGGGCGUGGGUGCCCUGCUGGCGUGGUGGGCGUGGCGACGACACCGCCAGUUAGAUGCGCCCACCAGGUGGGAGAAGGUGGGGGAGGUGAGCGAGCUGGUCAUCUACCCUCUGAAGUCAGGUCGCGGGGUCAAGGUCACUGAGGCUGAGGCGACACAAUAUGGUCUUGGUGUUGACUACCUCGAGGACAGGUCAUUUCUGGCAGUGAACAAGGAGGGCAAGUUCCUAACAGGUCGCCAGCUCCCCAAGUUAACCACAGUCGUUGUGAACUUAAAUGGCACAAAGGUCACCCUGGAGGCCCCCGGAGCAGAGAAGCUGGAGCUGGACUUGAAGAACGUGACCAGGGCAGCAAAGGUCACUGAUGCUGUAGUGUUCAAUGCUGACGUGAGGGGCUUUGACUGCGGGGAUGAGGCGGCGGCGUGGCUGACCAAUGCUGUGAAUGAUGGCGUGGUGGAAGGCGGCACACGUCUUCUCUACCACGGGAACCUGACGAGGGACAGGAAGGCGAGGGAGCCGGCCUAUUACUCCUUCUCGCAGUACAAGGCCUCGGAUAAGGUACUCUAUGCGGAUACUUGUGCCUUCAUGCUCACCUCGGAGACCUCACUGGCAGACCUCAACUCUCGCCUGGAGCGCCCCAUCACCCUGGACUGGUUCCGCUCCAACAUUGUAGUGCGCGGCGUGAAGGAGCCCUAUGACGAGGACGACUACGCCUUCGUCAGGAUUGGGGAUGUGGUGUUCCGGCGCCUCAAGCCUUGUGACAGAUGCGUCUUUACCAAUGUUGAUCCCGAAGUUGGCAAGAAGUGUGAGGAUGGGGAGCCUAUCAAUACCCUGAAGAAGUACCGCCACGUGGACGGCCCGGAGAAGCUACAGAGGACCUGGGCACAGAAGCCAGUGUUUGGUGUGCACCUGGGCAUCGAUGCGUGUGGGAAAGUGUGUGUGGGGGACAAGGUGGAGGUGGCGAGGGCAUCUUGCAACCCACGCUGGAAAUAUCUUUAGACUAGAGAGAGAGAGAGAGAGAGAGAGAGAGAGAGAGAGAGAGAGUGAGUGUGUCAAGUUAUGAUUAUACGUAUGUCAUGUUGAUUGUUUACAUUUAUCUUUGUUCUGGCAUGGUUAAAAUUGUGUAUUUCCUUAAGCUCCAAACAUGUCUUUCCUUAAUUAAUUUCUAGGAUUCUCGUUUACACCUCCAUGCCUUGAGUUAAUCACUGAGGUCCAGUAUUUACAAACAGUCACACAUGAGGAACGGUUCUCAGGGCAGGCAGUGUGGUAUAACCCUCCCACGUCACCUUGUGUUGUGAUUACCCUGUCCAAACUUAAUUUACACUGGUAAUGCUUGGUGACUUUCUUGUUGAGGUAUUGUGUGCAUAUAUCACUUCUUUAUUAUUGUUUUAAUCGUGGUAAGAAUUUGUCAUACUCGUUAACAGGCAAUAUAAAAGUACGCAUUUGUCAUUUAUAUAUAAUUAUUAGAUUGUACUGGUUCCCUUUCCUAACAUUUCUUUUUCUCCUUUUUCCUGCUUCUUCCUCCAUUCCUCUCAAAUAUCCUUUCUGAAUCCCUGGCUUUCUCCCCAAAUAAUCCCAUCACUUUAUAUCCACACCUAUGAUUUUUCUUGAUACUUUUCUGCUGUUCUAUUCUUGCCCCUUUUUCCCUUUCCUCUCCUUUUCCUUUACCAAUGAUACCAUAUGAUCGUUUUGUUGUGGUGUCUAUUUACUCCUUGUUGCAUUUCAGUCAGUCAGUCACUUGGAGAUCAACCACUUCAGUUAUUGUGUGGGUGGUAAUGAGCUGUGGUUAUUUAAGUGUUCGCUGUUACUGUUCAAAUUAUCACGAUUGUUACAGGAUAAUGAUUCUUACACGUUAAGGGGAAUAAAGAAUUGAUUUUGUUA